CUUUACUUGUAUAUUUUUCGUGUAUUGUUUUGAAUUGCCGUGAUGCAACUUAUCAUUAAGCAUAAACACAUCUUUAGAAAUUCGAAGGUUGGUUUAGUCCAAUGUCCUUCGCUAAGAGAGGGAGGCACUGAAGGCCACAGCUUGGUGUUAACAGAAGGAACAAUGGUCAGAUUUGCAUUACCCACCAGUGUGAAUUGGGCACACAUAUUGGUUCCCAUGGGCUUUGUCAUUGGAUGGUACCUUGACAAACAACAGGAUAAGAAGCUGACAGCUUUCAGAAACAAGAGUGCUUUGUACAGUAGAGAGUUGAAACCUGGGGAGGAGGUGACCUGGAGGUAGAAGCUUCCUCGCUUGUGAAGUUGUGAAUGAAUGAUGAGUGGAUCUCAAGUUGACAUAUUUAAGGAGACUCCUGUACUCCUGCUUUUGUGUUGUAUCAACCAAAAAAUAAAAAUGUCUGUUCUCUAGAA